CAGCGCUACAGUCACGACAGCCCACAAAAUGGCGUCCCGAGUCAGAUUGUCGGACGACUCGAGACAAUGCGGAGGUGUAUAGCCGUCCUUUAGCCAUGUUCUAUCGUCUGGUUCGCGACAGUGUAGUGCGAGAAUGCGGUUUACGAAUGUAAGAUUCGAACGAUCGUUUGAUGGGCAACGGUGAGCCAAAGGAAUUGGCAUGUGUUCGCACGACAGAACAUUGUAUGCUGGUGCAGCGAUCGCGUGAAGAAAUUCCGCUGGGUUUUUGUACGCGUCGGAGUCUGUGACACCCGCUGGCCUAAUGGAGCCGCGUACUCUCGCUGUCCCGUUGGCUUUGUUGACAUUCGUCGUAUCGGUCAGCGCAGGUGGUUUAUAUUUUGUUAUCGAACCACAAGAUGCAGUGGUCGAGCAGGGAGGUCCAGCUAGAUUGGAUUGUGAAGCGAAGAGUGGUUAUGGAGAACCAACCAUACAAUGGCGAACAGACGAUGGCCAGCCAAUUAAUUUUAUUGGGGACAGUUUUCGAUCUCAGCUAGCAAAUGGGUCCUUGUAUAUAAAUAGUGUUUAUGGCAGUAAUUCAGAAUUGACUGGAAGCUAUCAGUGUCUAGCUUCUGUAGAUAAUGUUGGGGCUAUUGUCUCUCGGACAGCUACAAUUAAACUUGCAAGUCUGCCAGGAUUUGAAAAGGAACCUCAAGACACAAUGGUUUAUCCAGGGCAAAUUGCAUAUUUAAGUUGCACACUUCCUACAUCUUCUAGUUCAUUGAGUAUACAAUGGUUAAAAGAUGAACAUCCACUUGUACUCGAUGAUAGCCGAAUGACAGUGUUACCAUCAGGUGCAUUAGAAAUUGAUGAUGUUAACAUGCAAGAUAUUGGAUCAUACAGGUGUAAUGCAAGUAGUUACGGACAAUAUAGACUGAGUAAUAAAGCACAAUUAGGAUUAUUGACAAGUGAUAUCGAUCAAGAAAGUACACCGCCAGUCUUCAUAGCUAAACCGAUUAGACAAGUGGUCAUUGAAGGAUCAACAGUCACCUUAGAGUGUGCUGCCAAUGGCUACCCAAAACCAACUAUACUUUGGCUAAAAGAUGGUGCAGCCAUUGACUUAGCAUCUUUGGAUUCUAGAUACCGUAAAGUUGCUGCAUCCAGUCUUGUAAUUAGUAAUGCUCAAGAAAAAGAUGACGGUUCGUACCAAUGUCGCGCAGAAAAUGCGGUCGAUACUUUGGAUGCAGUUGCUGACUUAAUUGUCCAAGUGCCACCUAGGUUUAUAAAAAAACCAGAAGAUAAAGUGGCUAGUGAGAGUCACGACUUAGAAUUCGAAUGUGAAAUCUAUGGAAAACCAGAGCCAAAAAUUUCAUGGCUUAAAAAUGGAGAACGUAUUACGUUUAAUGCAUAUUGGCAAAUCAUUAAUGGCAGCUACCUUCGAAUUAACGGUCUACUGGCUAUAGAUGCUGGAAUUUUUCAAUGCAUCGGAACAAAUUCUGCGGGAAGCGUACAAGCUGCAGCGCGCCUAACAAUUAGUCAACCUAGGAAAGUAAACUCCCACAAAGCAACCACUCCGAAAACAAUCCCCAAGAAGAAGUUACUGCUGCAUCGUCAAUUGUACAAUAAAACGUGGCAACAUCCGAGCACCCUUUUAGGGCACACGAUGUCUGCGUUCACGCCCAAUCCUUCGCUUUCCAUUAGCCCCUCCGAUGAUCCAGCAGAUCUUCCUGGGUCUGUUAAAUUUCCUAACUCCCUUUACGACCCGCAACCCCAUUUUGUAGACGACACAGACAGCCUGGAGUCGAUAGAAGGAAGCGUUCCCUCAGCACCAAGAAAUUUGAGUCUCGUCAUUGUCACCACCAGAUUUGUCACCUUGAGAUGGCAGGAACCAGAAAACACGAACGGGGAUAGCGUGCAUUAUAAGAUUUAUUACAAACAAGAAGGUGGUCAAAGAGAAAGGGUUAUAAGUACGCAUCAAAAAUUAGAAGCCAUGAUACCGGGCUUACAACCAAGUAUGACGUAUCAAUUUCGGGUGGUAGCCUUAAAUGCGAGAGGUCCUGGAAUGUCUAGCGAAGUAUUACAAGUCACUACACACACAGAGGCUAAUGUUCCUGGGCCUCCAUUGAAUUUAGAAGGUCAGGCUACAAGCAGCGUGAGCAUUACAUUGUCUUGGGAGAAACCGCAAGUUGUUAACGGCAGAAUUUCUAAAUACUUAAUUACAUUUGUUGAGGGUGACAAUGAGGAAAUCGUUCGUGAAACCACUAGUACCAUGCACGAAUUGGUAGACCUCGUGCCUUAUACAGAAUACAGUAUUAGAGUCCAAGCCGUGAACGAGAACGGCCCUGGCGCGUUUAGUAGAGAUAUCAUAGUGAGGACUUAUAGUGCACAGCCUACUCAACCACCACACAAUGUUACAGUAGAACCAACUAGUUCUACAAAUAUUAUAAUAAGAUGGGAGCCUCCAUUGGAGGGACAAAAUGGAAUUAUCACUGGCUACAAGAUCCGUUAUCGUCGGCACGAUCGAGGCGCACAGGCAGUGACAAUAACUACUGAAGGAAAUCAACGCUCAAGAGUGCUCACGGGACUUGAGAAACAUGUAGUCUAUCAAGUUCGUAUAUGUGCCUUAAAUGUAAACGGUACUGGACCUUGGACGGAAUGGAUACAGAUCAAGACAUACGAAACUGAGUCAGAUGAAAAGAGAGUGCCAAAUACACCAAGCAAUUUGAGAACGAAGGUGAAGUCGGAUUCUAUACAAGUGUUCUGGAACUCGCCAAAGGAUCAGAGUAUCAAGGUAAAGGGAUACAAGCUUGGAUGGGGUAAGGGAGUCCCUGAUGUCGAAGUAAGGCUUCUUGAUGGGAAGGAACGUUCUUUCACCAUAGAUCAAUUAGAACCAAUGACAGAAUAUGUUAUAAGCUUAAGAGCAACAAACGAUGCUGGCGAUGGUCAGCCAGCCUAUGCAAACGUUAGAACAACCGAACGUUCUGUGGCUGAAUCCUCUGCGCCUUGGAUACCGCCAGUCGGUCUUAAAGCCGCUGUUUUAUCAGAUACUACUGUAGUAUUGUAUUGGACUGAUACAACUUUACCAAAAACUCAAUUCGUAACGGAUAAUCGUUACUAUGUAGUGCGUUAUACGCAUCACCAUAGCAGUAGCCCCCGUUACAAAUAUCAUAAUGCUACUGAUCUCAAUUGCAUGAUACACGACUUGAAACCGAACACUGUGUAUGAAUUUACCGUCAAGCUGGUUAAGGGAAAACGAGAAUCGCCAUGGAGUAUGGUCGUUACGAAUCAAACGCAAGAAGCUGCGCCAAGUUCUGCGCCAAGGGAUUUGAUAAUACAAACUAUCGAAGACCGUCCAACUUCUGUCUUGUUACGUUGGCAACCCCCUAAACAGCCUAAUGGACCAAUUACAGGAUAUAUUAUAUUUUAUUCUACCGAUAACACAAAGUGGGAUCGUGACUGGUUAAUCGAAGCAGUUAUCGGUGACAAGACUGAGUUUAUUGUGAAAGGCCUUAAACCAAAUACAACUUAUUACUUUAAGAUUCAAGCACGCAACUCGAAGGGAUAUGGACCGUUUUCCACUACUGUUUCAUUCAAAACACCUCAGAGCAAUGGCAUGGAUGUCUAUGGUGAAUUGCAUGGUCGAGAUGGUCGGGGACUGUCGAAUAUAUUGAUCUAUAUCAUUGUCGGCUGUUCUAUCGUCCUUAUUCCUGGUGUGGCAGUUGUAGUGGUAGUAAUGUGUUGUAAACGCAAUCCGGAUACGCCUGACCGGAAGAAGGGAUAUAUGAAAGAUACAAAUCAAAAGACCAAUAUCAAACCACCAGACUUGUGGAUUCACCAUGAUCAGAUGGAACUAAAAGCUCUUGAGAAAUCAUCGAUAAAUGGAGAAGCAUCUACCAGUGGCGUAGCUAGUAAUACGUUACCCAGGCCGAGUAAUCAGGAGUAUAAUCAGGAGAAUGUACACGGGAAUUCUAGUUCAUUGGACAAACGUACUUACGUGCCAAGUUACAUGAGUAACACUGACGAGAAGUGCUCGACCCUGAGUAGGCAGCAUAGUCGAGGAAGCCACAAACCUAAACUCAUUACACUGCCUGUUGACAGUGCGUCCUUACACCAACCUAUAGCGACUGCUACGCCAAUCGUGAAUACGAGUAUGUCGCAGCCAACGAUUCAUACUUCCUGUAGCGAUACACCAUCCGUUAGGCAGAACUACCCCCGAACGGUGGCGCAGUACAGCUUAAGUCGAGCGCAUAUUACAUUAGAACCGACUCCAGAAUCGAGUCCGGAUUCUUGCAAUAUUUCAAGCUCAUACGAGCCGUUGCAAAGCCAGCCACCAUCGUAUGGAACAAGCGUACAGUCAUACAGUGGAAGCACACAGUACGCUUCCGGGCAUUAUGGUAACAGCAGUCAACCGUCGAGUAGCAGUGCAGGAACCGACGGUAGUGGCAGCAGUAAAAGGAUGCAAGGGCAUCCUUUAAAGAGCUUUAGUGUCCCGGCGCCUCCGCCUCAAUCUGCACCUUCCACGCCAGCGCAACAGAAACAUGGUGUUUCUCAAGUAACUGUAAGACCCACGAUGUCUGGCAGUCCCUACAAGAAACCACAAAGUACUACACAGUUGGCGAAGAAUCGGUUAGCCUCAGUGUCAAAUCCAGUACACACUUCGGAAGAAGUGGAGCGGUUAAAGCCUUCGUACAGUACAGAGGAACUUAAUCAGGAAAUGGCGAACUUAGAGGGUCUUAUGAAAGAUCUGAAUGCCAUAACAGCGUCCGAGUUUGAGUGCUAGAAGAGGUUCCUAGACCUUGUGCCAUCUCAAUUCAAUAGACUGUAAAUCAUACAUUCUCAAUGUUAGUACCUGAGAGAUAUAGGUGUGUGACGAAUCACGUUACACGAUAAAAAAGAAAAAAACAAAAAGAAACUUUUCGCGGGGAUCAUGUUUCGGCACACGGAAAUGCAACGUAAUUGGCAAUGGAUACGAUACGAUCAGGGGGCCGAUGAACGGCGUCAGUAUCGAACGGUUUUCAAACGGUUCGCCUGAAAAUUGUCGUCAACCCAGUGUGAUUGGACUGGAACAAGAGUGUUUCCUAGUCAAUUUGCUUUCUCUUCCGGUACUAACGUUGUUUUUCUACGGCGAAACGCAGAAUAUACUUGCCAAUGUAACUUGACACUGCCACAUUCUUGUAGCGGACUUGUAAUUUACAAGACUGUGAGUGAGUACGGUUUUGAAGUGAAUCAACGCAAGAAUAGGACGUUUUAUUACGAACGUUUGAUGGUGUAUGUUCUUUUUUGUGCGCGAGUGCAUGACACUUGAGGUGAGAAGACGUUGAUAAGUUUGUACCUUAUCUGGGAUUACUGACAGUACGCGGGAUAGAUCUACGGUCUACCAGUGUAUUUUUAUUUACGUUUCUAAUAUUAAGAAUUUGGUAUUCUUAACAUUGAAUUUUAUAGAAAGAAUUCAAGCUUGACUUAUUGGGAAAGAACGGAAACGGUGUACAACACAUUUGAGGAGUGACAGAGAUCUAUCUUGCGUAUCGUCUGUGCUGAAAUCCUUUCUUGCGAUUAGAGUACGUUACAUUAAUGACUUGAUGGAUUUCUAACGAAGGGAAACGGUUUUAACGUUUCCCGAUUCUUACACGGUGUAAAAGUGAUCGAUAAUUGUACCGGAUUGUCUUUUACAUGCUUCAGUGAAACGGACGAUCUUGCCUAAGUGAAAAGAAGAAAACGAAUUCGUACUAUAUAUCCGGGAAAGCUCACGUGCUCUUUGCCAUGGUUUUGUAAUUUAUACUCAUAAGAGUACAUUUUCUAUAUCGAUAGUAUCGACUGCCAUACUUACGCUUAGGGUGGCGGGAACAUGUGAGCCUCUUCAGCGAACAAUUCAUGGUUCAGUGUGCGAGACGAAAACUAGAAAUAUUAUUUCUAUUUAUUUUUUUAUUCGUCGGGAUCAUUUUAACGGCAAUUCUGGUGUAAUACGGUUUUCCACGUUACAGUACUUUCAGGCUAGUUUAAUUUAGUAUUGAUCGAAGGGAAAACGAAUUGUUAACACGUUGACUGGUUUCUUUCGCCAAUAUACGCGUACUAUGUUAAUUUCUGAUAUUGUCUGAAGUAUUGAUCCUCAGGGUAUUAUGUAAUGCAGAUUCGAUUAAGGUUCACUAUUUAUUUUUCAUUCAAGACAGAGGUAUGGCUUUUUCAGAAUUCUUUUCUGAAUAUAAAUCCGAAUAGUUAACGUGUUUAUUGAGUACUAUCGGUGACGACCAGCCAUUUGAAAAUUUCUUUGGAAAAAAAAGAAAAAAAAUAACAGUUGCCUGCGUAUUUCAUUUAACAGGCCAGAGUAUUUUCCACGCUGAACCUUCUGUAACGGCCUUAAAACAAAACGUUCGCAUUCAGUUGCCCUGUAUUCUGUGACUGCGGCAGCUCGCUAAAGGAAUUUCGUGCUCGCGGUUCCGACUGAGACACUGUAGUAUUACGAUCUCAUCGAGAAACUUUAUUUUAGAAUUAACGAGAAAAGAAGAAACUGACAGCGAACAUCGAGUAAUGGGUAUUAACGGUAGGCUUACAGCAUUCUCAUGACAAAAGAUCGUCGUGGACGAACGCGACAGUGAAAAAAAAAGAAAAGAAAAGAAAAGAAUCUGUUUCUUCGUGUCAAUGUGUUUUACCGUUUUCGGUGGUUAAUUUCUCUUAAAGUAACCGAUUACGUUUCAAACGUCCAGAGUUAAGAGUACGGUCUAAUUGAAUAGUAUAAAUUAAAUUCGGCAGUCGUGUUUGCUAACUAUUUUUUAAACAGAUGUUUACAGAAAAGAAAUGAGAAAAAAAAGAAUCGUUGUUUAUAAGAGGUCUUGUACGCGUGCGUAUUUGUAAUGCGUUGUUUUAUUUUCGUGAAGCGAUAACUGUCAGCGAGAGAUGUAAGUAUGAUUGUACCGUCCGCGAUUUCAUUUGCAACACUUAAAUCGCUAAACGGUCCGCAAAGUUUUCUACCGUCGUUCGAUCGUGCCGGUCGACACACGCGUAUUUACAAUGACGAAUAUUUACCGACAGUUUUUUACCAUAUCCGUCGAGAUAUAUACAUAUAGCGAUAAUACUUCCUUCCAUUUACUAGGAAUUUGCUACGUAUAUAACUUUUGUACACGUUUUACUGCGAUCGGGCGGUUCUUUAGUAUUAAAACGGGAAAACGGAGACGGACAGCAGCGAUAAGGCAGGAUCAUGCGACGAUCCCGUGGGAAUUGUGACGCGAUCGAAUAUCGGCGUACGCCGUAUCUGUAGUAUUCCAUACUGUACCAUCUUUUUAAGCACCUUCGUAUUUUUCCUAACAUUUGAGUAAUCGCAGGGGGCCCUAACGCCCCCCUGGUUUGUACAAAAAGAAAGAAAGCUCUCCUGUUAGGCGACAGGCGAGGAAGCAUCAACGAGGGUUUUCCGUUGCGGCAGAAAUUUAAUAUGGAUACACAGUACAAAGCAAUAUGUGAUACUCCUGCUUUAAGAAUCGUCGGGUCGCGAUUGACCAGAGUAUUGCAUAUUACUCGAAUAUUUGCUGCCGUACGGCAAAACGCCACCCGGUUCACGGCGAACACGUUCUUUUCCCGUCGGCUUAGCUCGGUUAGGGUAACGCUCGUAUAUUUAACACGUAGUCGUACAUACAAAUUUCAUUCAUUCCCUCGAUUACAUUUGUCAUUGUGUUUCUUUCUAUUUUCGAACGGACGAAUUCACGAACGAUUGUACAGAGGCGAUUCUAACGAGGACACCCCACGAACAUCGGGCAUCUUGGUUGGUUGAAGUUCUUUUUUUCCCUAUCGUUAGGACAAUUUGAUACAUUCUCUGUAGGGGAUUCGUUAACCCUCUGUAGGCUCGUUUUACUUUGAAGUCACAUACCAAUGUAUUGGCAUUCUGUUGAUUUAUUUCAUUUUGCAUAGCAAAGUGAAGUAAAAUGAAGUAAUUAAUUCAACUUUUGUACAGGCGUGAAAGUUCAACGUUAUUGUAAUUUCUAAAUUACAAUGUAUAUUCGUUUGGAUACAAUUAUUAAAACUAUUGAAUGUUCGUUUGUAUUUACAGGUUGAUAUUUCUUAAUUUUAUAUUAUACGCAUUUGUUUUAUACCUACGAAAAAGAAUUUGGCCUUGCAGAGGGUUAACCAGAGAAAUGCUUUAUUUACCGGAGUCUGUGUUGCAGUAUGUUUUGCAGAUUUAUAUGUACGUUGUGUCAGCGGUUAGAUAAAUUAUUGUAUAUCGGUACACGUAGAGGGGUGUAUUCAAAAUUAAGUGAAGUAACUUGUAGGAUAGCGCGUCGUAUGCGUUUAAUAUAUUAUAGUGUAUGAAAUUUGUAAUGAAAGUCUUGUACAGGAUCGAUGGCCGAUGUUGGUAAGGUUUCUUUGCGAGUACUCUUGAAUAUUUUUUUAUUCUUUUCGAGAUCCGAAGUAUUUUGUAAAGAUUUUACGAUUUCGCAGUAGAUACGGAAACAUAGGGACGUUUCGAGCUAUACCGAUUAACGAAAAAAAAAUAAUAAUAAUAAAACAGCUUGUACAUUAAGCAUACAUACAUAUAUAAAUAUAUAUAUGUAAUAUAUACAUAAAGUUUGUAAUUAUAGAGUCGUUCGAGGAACGGCCAGCUCUUUGUAAGUAAAGGAAAUGGGCCUACGAUGCGGCCUGCGAAAAAUAUUUUACCACAAAAGUAUGGUAGGAUAGUUAUAUCCUUAUCUAUAUGAUUAUUAUUUAUUGAUUUUUAUGUAUGCUGGGAAUAUUGAGGAUAAAAUGAAUGUUGCGAGA